CCCCGCGGGCGGCGGGAAGGGGCGGGCGGUCCUGCGCGGGGUCGGGCGGUUCCGCUGCUUCCCGUUCAUCCGGCAGAGCCGCGCGUCCCCGCCGGCCGCCGCCCCCGCCGGGUGACCGCUAACGGCCGCCACCGGACGGAGGGCCGGGGCCUGCCGGGCCCCGCCGCCCCUCGCUGGCUGGUUGCUCUGGGAGAGCGGCGUUGCUGGCGAGGAACCGGCGGCGAGCAGCCUUCGCCAGAGCAGCAGCGUGAGCCUGCGGCCGGCUCCCCCGCUCCGUGCGCGGCGGGGCCGGCCUGCCGCACGGUGCUGCCCCGCUGCGCGGUGAAACCGGGCCCUCUCGUACCGCCAGUGCAAAUACAAGUGUGCAGGAGACCAAUGUCCUCAGGGUAGGAAUAACCAGGAAGCUGCUUUAUCUCCGUGGUAAUCUCUCCAACCACUAUGGACAUCCAAGGGCUGUGUUGCAAGAUGUCUUAGUAGAUUUUCUACUCAGCCAUUGUAUGGGACGAACUGACAUUUAAAAAAAGCUAACCAAGCAACCCUACAGCUUGAAUUGAACUAAAGUACAUACUCGGAAGAUGGCUAUUAGUAACUCAGCUUCUUCUGUUGUAAGGAAGAACACAUCCGAAAUGUGACACAGGAUAUCUCUGGAAGUAGAGUGAAAUAGAACUGUGUUUCUAGGAUCUUAAACUUUUAUACUGAACUUCAAGUAUUGAAAAGGUGGAUUAGCUCCUCAAUUUCAUUUCUGGUGUUCUGUUGCCCACCUCUGCAGAACUGCCUGUUGCAGCAACUUCUGUUAACUUGCCCCAACAUGUAGCUAGGGUGUCUGCGUUUUAAUGAAUAUUUGUAGCUGUAGCUGAGUGUUCUAAAAUUAUGGUAUAGCAUAUACUUAAAAGAAGUCUUUUGUGCUGUGUAAGGUGGGCUUAUUAAAAAUAAGCUAGUAACUUCUUGAGUAGUAUGAUACUAUAUGAAUGAAUUAAAGCUAAGUCUAAAUCAUCUGCUCAAGUUUCACUGACCUCUUAGUACUUACUAAAUAAUUGUAACCUAUCUGUAAUAUUUUGAAACCUUCUGUUUCAUAAAACAGUCACUUAAUAGAGUAUUUUCAUGCUAAAUCAGCAUGUAAAAUACUGCAUUUCUGGCAAAUUUUUAAACUAAGCUUAAAUAGCUGUAGUAUGUUUAAUCAUUUAAUUGAAGUUGUAAUUUUCUGGGAGGUAAAAUUAUCUCUUAACCAUGCUGUGAAAGUUUUCUACAGGCAUUUAUUUCACAUGAAUUAAAAUGAAGUACUGAAUAGUGAAUUCACAUUUGACUGUUUAAUUAGCAAUAAUAAAUGAAGAUAAGUCUGUUCAAUAAUUAAAUUGAAGUUGACUAUAAUUCUGCAUCUGCUACAUGUUUCCAAGUUUCAGAAUCAGAAAUAAACCCUACUGUAAAUAAUUUAUUUUUCUAUGCAAGUUUAACACAGUAACUUCUAUUUUAUUUUUUGUACACUUAAUUUUAUAGACUUUAAGUAGCAAAGUGGUGUUUUUACUAGUUAAAUUAUUAAAUACUCCUUUGAAUUUUAGGUAUUUUUAAAUUGUUAAGAAAAGGCCAAAUACAAUUUUUUGGCAUUUACUAAUACUUAGUGUUGUCUUUUUUGUAUAAACGAUAUUUAAAGUCAAACUUACACAGCAAUCAAAAAUGACAAAACGACCUCAAAUUCAUAUUUUUGUGGGAGCUCCUAGUAUUCCAAGCCUGCAGGAUGUGUCAGAGCAAAGUAGUUCAGCACCUGCUGCUGAAAAAUGGAGAGAACUCCGCUGUUCAUGUCAUAUAUCCAGUCUCUCUUCUGAAAAAGUCGAAGGUGCUGACCAUGUAGUGUUUCAGGCAGAAAGCUCUAUAGUCACAGCACUUCCUACAGAUGACAACAGCUCUCAGCUGCUCAAAGAGGGGAGAUUAAUGGUAGCAAAAGAAUAUUUGACAUCAGUAUCUGCGGCAGUAACUUGUAUCAGCACACCUAAAAAGACUGAAAGUUUAAUUUAUUCUGACUGUCAAAUAUCUAAAGAUAAAUGCACACAUGCAAGUGUAAAUCAGGCUGCAGAUCACCACCCUCCUCAAAAAUUUGCAGAAUCAGCUAGAGAGGACAACCAAUCACAUGGCUGUUGUUCAAACCUCACUGAAAGCAAAGCCAGUCAUUUAGAAGUUAACAGCUCUGACAUUUCUGAUUUGGUUGCCAGUACUAAGCAGAUUAGCAUACAUCUCAGGUCUGUGGGACAAGUUGUUCAAUCAGAGCAUGGAAGCGAUCACCAUGAAUAUCUAAGUCAAUAUCUGGAUAUGUUUUUCUCCCAAAAUCAAGAGUCAAAACCAAAAGGAACACCAGGUGAUUGUUCAGACCUUGCAGUAUCAACUGAUACUGAAUUUCACAGUAUAAUGACUUCAAGUCAGAUGGCUGUUUCUGCUCAGGAUCGGAAUGAGUUGCAGAAAAGAAUCAUAAAAUUAUCACAAACAGAAGCAGACAAGAAACCUGAAGGAAGGCAACAUGAUCGCUUGCAGCUUGAUUUGGAUGUUGGAACGUGUCUUAAUGUGGCUGAAAAUGAAUAUAAGGAAGAGAAUGAAAGUUCCCUUGAACUUUUCAGUUCUAAGGAAGAUGGGAAAGAUGCUUGCUUUGAAGCUACAAAACAAGAAAGGAAUGCUCAGGAAAAUACAGAGAAGUCUCAAGAACUUAAUGUUCCUGCUGAGCAAUUGGUAAAUGAAAUCCAUAUUGAACCAUUGAGCUCAGGAAUAUUGUGCUCUCAAGUAGACAGUUCUCAUAAGAACUCUUCUAAAAGAACCCGCAAGUGUGAAGAUUCCUUUCAUAUUUUUCACUCAGCAUUUAAAAGACAGCUGAAAUCAAAGAGAGUUAAACUGAAUUCUUCUCCAGCUGGUCCUGGGAUGAGAGUGGAUCAAGAGAGGACGACAGAGCUCAAGAAACUUCAAAAGAAGCUAUCACCACUUAAGAAUUGCCGCUGUAAAAACAAAAAGUACAACGUUUUAGUCACAGUAUUACAUCCUUGUCAUAUCAAAGAAAUACCGGUGAAGACUAGACCAAAAUCUUCAUGUAGAGUUCCUGUAGCAACAAUUGUUGUUAUUGACCAGUCAAAAAUUGAGAGAAAGGUGGUGCUGUGGCGUGGUGCUGCAUUUUGGUCACUCACUGUGUUUCCUGGGGAUAUCGUACUGCUUACAGAUAUAAUAAUGUAUGAGAAUCUUUGGUGUGGAGAAAUCAUGCUGCAAUCUACAUUUACCAGUCAGUUACUGAAUCUGGGGAACUACGCUACGCUCAGUCCAGAAGAAUUUUAUCCUGUAGUGGAUGGUGGUGUUCUCCAUGGUCUGUUGGCUUACAUAUCAUCAGAAUUUCCGCACUUCAGAGACAUCCCACGAAGACAAGUUCAGAGACUUGAUAGUGUUCAGUAUAUGCAGUUAGACCAGCUCCAGCCAAAUACACUGGUUCACUCAAUCUUGAAAAUUAUCAACAUUGCUGUAUUAACAGAAUCUGUGUAUAGCUACAGAGGUGGCAACCAAAGAAAAAUUAUUCUAACAGUAGAACAGAACAGAGAUCAACACUAUAGGAUGGUGCUGUGGGGAGCAGGGGCUGCCUGGUGCCCUCAACUUCAAAGGAAAAAAGAUCACAUAUGGGACUUCAAAUAUCUUCUGGUCCAACACAGUUCUGUUUCGGGUGACUUGGAACUGCACACAACUCCAUGGUCGUCUUAUGAGUGCUUGUUUGAUGAUGACAAAAGAGCAAUUGAAUUUAAAGAAAAGUUUCAGAAAAGCAAAGCAUCCCUUGUGCAGUUGACAAAGCUCUCGGCCCAUUUGGAGGAAAAAUGCUCAGGAGUGGUUCAAGUGAAAGCCCAUAUCUCAGAACUGAAGUUUAUCACUUCAACUGGUCAGCACAAGCAACUCAUCUUCCGUGCUGACACUUCACUGGAGUGCAUUUUGGCUUCUCUGCCUAUGAUUACAUAUUCAGGUUGUGCUAAAUGUGGUUUGGAACUACAGGCUGAUGAGAACAUGAUCUACAAGCAAUGUAUUAGAUGUUUGCCGUACAACAAAGUGAAAACAUUCUACAGACCUGCUUUGAUGACAGUGGAAGAUGGAGGAUGUGAAAUUUAUGUUCAUGUGGUGUCUGAGUUGAUGGAAAAAAUCUUCCUUAAUAUUCCUGCAGACUGGCUGAACAGAUCAGUAGUGCCCUCUUCGGAUAUAACCUACGGCACAAUAGUUGCAGAUCUGUGUCAUUUGCUGCUAGCAGAUACAGAAGCAUCCUAUUUGUUGGAGAUCAGGAGCCAUUUUGUGCUAGAUGAGAACAGCUACCCUUUGCAAAAGGAUUUCCAUCUGCUUACCUUUCAUCCUGAUCUUUGAAGUAUUGACCUCUGCAAUAACUGAGUAACAGCCCAUCGGAACACACAGAUGGCAAACAGAAGAAAAAAGAAUUAGCUCAAGGAAAAAAAUCUUUUUAAAAAUACAAGAAAGGAUUUUAGUUUUAACUUAUUAAAAAAACUCCAAAAGACUGGUAUGGAAUAUCUGCUAAUAGUAUAUACUGCUGCUGUAGUACUGAUAAAUUGUCAUAAAGUCUAUUUUUAUACACAUAUUUUUAUCUUAAAGUAUCGCUGGGUAGCUUAUUAACUUUUCUCCCCAGAAAAGUUCACUAGUAUUGAGAGACUGGAUUUUUCUCAGAUAUGGCAGAUUAGAGGAAGACAGCCAAAAUUCGGUAAUACUAUUUUAGUUAUAAGAUUUUUGUUUGUUGUAUCAUACACAUUAUCUGUAACUUGAUUGUGUCUUUGCUUGCCUUGCUGUUGUGGUUGCUUUCCUUCUAACAGCAGGAUUUCUGCCAUUUACCCUCACCAAUUUUGCUGCCAUUGUUUUUUUUCUUGUAAAGUAGAACUGUCUCACUGAAUCUAAUGUUCUGUAUCCAGAAGUUGUUGCACCAAUUUAAUUAAGAGGUUCUAAACACUUUAAACUGGUACAUUCUUUCGUGGAUCCUUUAAAUAAUUUAAUUCUUGUAGUAUUUAUCCAGAAUAAGCUGGCAAAUAAACUUAAUCACCUUAAGCCCAUUUACUCAGUUUAACACUGGUCUGCAGAAUUUUCUCCCAACUUGAUCAGAUUUAGGAAUGAAUUUAAUUCUUUUUAAAGUCCUAAUGUGUUCUGAUAGUGAUUGUUAUCAGUAAAAGAUUUGAGUAAAUGACUGCACCUGACUUCAUAAAGUAACAAUCUCAUAACUAUUACUCUGUAAAAGUGAUUAAACAUAUAGUUCAGUAUUUUUCUCUGAUAUUUAUAUCUUUCUCUGAUAUAAAUUGUGCCUCUUACUGAGGCUGGCAGAAGCUGUGUAGGGCAUGAAUCAUUUGCUGUCUGGCUUGAUCCUUCCAGAUCUUUACCUGCACUCUUCUCAUUUAGGAAAUCAGUUUCUGCAUACACUGUUUGAGCUAUCCUCAGGCUUCAAACACAGAACUUUUCUCAAAACUGAAUUUGAUAAACCAAGUUGUCAGAUGUAUUAUAAUGCAUGUAAUGUGACUGUUGAACAGCUUUCAUGUGCUAUUUGUUGGAAGUGGCUACUUAUAAUUGAAUAACUGUGUUUCUUGGUGCUAGCUUGGAUUCUGUCCUUGUAUCUCAUGUGAAACCAAUUUGGGACUCUUGGGUUUUUAAUGGUGUUAGAGCUGUGUGUAAGCCAUGUGUUUUCUUGUGUACUAAUAAAGGGCACGGUAGUGUUUCUGA